AUGUCUGCAGAACUCACCUACGCUCAAGUCGCUGAGCAUGCGAGCAAGAAGGAUCUCUACUUGGUGAUCCACGAUAAGGUCUACAACUCCAGCAGUUUCGUUGAUGAGCAUCCUGGCGGAGAAGAAGUUCUUCUAGAUGUUGGUGGACUAGACGCAACCGAGGCAUUCGAAGAUGUCGGACACAGCGACGAGGCACGAGAGAUCUUGGACGGUCUGUUGAUCGGAACCUUGAAGCGCCAGCCGGGAGACCCAAAGCCCAAGGCAGCAGCCACGACCACUACCUCAUCGACACAAUCAGGUACCGGAUUGGGGGUUGGUCUCUACGCUAUCAUUCUUCUCGGUGGUGCUGCGGCUUUCGGUGCAUACAAGUACAUUGAGAGCCAGCAGAGCAAGGCUUAA